AUGGCAGAAAAGUCAUCGAGCAAUCAAGAAUACCUCGCCCAGCCACCGGCACCGUGUUGUUGGGCCGGCACCCUUCACGAAGGUAACCCCCGCGGCGAUGUGGAAGACAUCUUGGAGGUGCCCACUUACGUCGUCCGCCCGUCAGACGUGAAGCGCUCCCUACCGCCCAACGGACAUGUCAUCCUCUACUUCCCGGACGUGUGGGGCCUCUCCGUCAACGCCAAGUGCAUCAUGGACGGCUUCGCUUCCUCGGGAUACACGGCGCUUGGUAUGGACUUCUUCCGCGGCGACCCCAUCUCCAAGUACCGCAAUGCCAAAACCGAUCCGCUGCCGGAGGGGUUUGACAUGGCGGCCUGGCGCUCCAAGCACUGGAACUUCGCCACGGAAAAUGUUCCCAAGUGGACAGUGGCCGUCAAGGAAAGAUUUGGCGCCGAGUUGAAGGCUGAGACGGGCAAGGAGACCAAGUUCGCUUGCGUUGGAUAUUGCUUUGGUGCACCUUUUGUGUGUGAUUUGCUCGCGGGGGCUGGUGGCGAUGGGGAGCCGGUGGUUUCCGCUGGUGCAUUUGCGCACCCAACGGCGUUGAAGGAGGAGCAUUUCACCAGCAUCAAGAUUGAGACGGCUGACCCGAUUUACCACAGAGCCUCUUUUGCUUUCGUGCGCUGA